CCGUGUCCUGGCUGGAGAGGAGCUGCAGUACCCGGGGGGGCUGAGCAGUGUUGUGGGGCUCAGGGGGACCCAGGGGGCUGCAGUGUGGCUGCUGGGGACCAGCUCUGGUGUUAGGGAUGUGGGAUCUGCUCUAGAGCCCUCCCUGGCAGCAGUGGGAUGGGGUGGGGGGGAUGAAUCCAGAUGUCCUUCAGGAAUUCUGCCCGCUGGCACAGGGUGGGGGGGACUGACCUCACUGGAAUUUCUAUGGAAACCCAGCCAUCUGUGAUGGUUUCCUCCUGUGCCAAACAUGCGAGCGGGUGCUGAGGGAUGGGCAGGAGGACACAACCACCCCACUACUCCCGUUUCAUUCUUUUCCCUUGGACAGCUACCCCUGUGGAGUCUCCUUUGUCCCCUUCCUGAGGCGUCUACAGAGUAACCCGCAGAGUUAGGCAGGAAAAAUGAAGAGCUCAAAGCGGAGAAAACCCUCCAAGAGCCAGGACCUUUCAGAACUCUCUGAGCAUGAGAAGGAGAGAAGGACUAAAAUGGAGAUCAGGAAACUGCAGACACAGUAUCAUCACACAGCGUGCAAGAGGAAAUUUUACGAUGCCGAGAUCUGGCGGCAAAUCCAGGCUCAGCAAAAAGCAAUAGAUGAUCUGAAUCAAGAACACAGACACGUGUCAUUAAUGCUGAGCCAGAUCUAUUCCCCAAAGAAUGUGAUGCUGGAAAACAGAAAUCGUAUGAAGGUCGAAACCACUUUUCAGAUCAAAAAUCAGAACGAGGCCAUGAUCAAAGAGAGAAAAGCCCUUUUAGCUGACCUGAGCAAGCAGGUGAGAGAGUGGGAAAGACACAUUACAAAGCAGAGAGAGAUAACAGCGAAGGCACUGGAAGCGAGGAAUCACAAACGGCUGCAGGAGAAGGUCGAUGGAAUGGAGUUCCGGCUUAACCGAGCCACUGUGCGUUACAACACUAUCCUGACCCGAAACAACGAGCUCCGGGAGGAGACCCGGAGCCUGACAAUCCAGAAAGCUGUUUUUGACAAGUACUACUGGAAGUACGAAAGGCAGCUGACUCAGCAGAAUAGGGAGCUGAACGUUGCUAUUGAACUCGCCACAGAAGACUACGAGCAGCUGAUGGAGUGUCUCUCGAAGAUCUCAGACAUUAGGGAAGCACGCUACAAACACACCAUCAAGUUCAACGUCAAGAUGCUGGAGCUGAAGUGUGCCCUUCAGCAGGAGAUCAAGCGGAAAAAUUUCUUUGUCACCAAACGUACAGAUCUGUCCGAACUGAAGGAAAAGGCCAAACACAGAGAAGCUUUGAAGGCAGCUGAGUGGGCCAAGCAGAGCCAGGCAGAGAGUCACGAGGUGGCCCACAAGCGCCUGCUGGAGAUGUCGGACGGAGAGAUUGAGCAGUUCUUGGAUGAGUUCGUAGAAAAGAGAAGGAGAUUCUUCAUCCUCUUCGCCUAUGGCAUCAGGCAGAACUCUGAGAAUGAGGGCAAGAGACAGAGGAUCAAGCACAUUCAGGAUGAUAUGACAGCCACCGUGGCGGAGCGGGAAGAGGAGACGAGGGCCUGGUUCCAUGUCAUGCGGGAGCUGGAGGUAUGGCAGCCAUGAAUUCCCUCUGGAAGAGCCACAAAUCCCUGUCUGUCCCA